AUGACCCAAAGUACGCAAUCACAAACAUCCACAAACGUGAGUGCUUUGGGGCUUUCCAAAGACUUGAAGGCGCUGCUUACAGUCAAGUUGUGUUAUCUACAACCAACCAACAACUCAAUUGUACUAAAAAAGCUCGCAAAGCCAUCCGAUAAGUACUCCAAUCCUCAGGUGUUUAAGAGGCUCUCCAACAUAUAUUUCAACUCAGACAUGCUUGUGAAGAUUGAGGUGAUGAGUGGGUCCACCCACAAGCCUGUUACAUUGCCAUGCCACUCGCCAUAUCAUUCGUUCACCAACAACAAGCGGGUUUGGAAUAAAUACUUGAAGCUCCCGGUAAACUAUAACCAGCUAUCAAUAGACUCCUACUUGAAGUUCACCUUAUAUGAGAUAUCUGACAGUAAGCAGGUGGUUUACGGUGUAGGGUACUUGCUGAGUUUCAACCAUUCGGACUCGACGUUAAGGAAAGGAAUGCAAAAGAUUCCUAUUAGAACUGAAUAUGACGAUGUCACAAUCAACUAUCAUGAUGCUGACGACAUGAACGACGGAGAACUGAAUCUCAUCAAGUACGAGAACGGUGACUUCGCAAAGGUUGACUGGUUGGACAAAUUCAGUUUGCCAUUUGUGGAGAAAGCCCGCAAUGAUGAAUUGAAAACAGGGACAGGCUCCGACUUGUUCUACUUAUACAUUGAACUACCACGGUUCGACUUGCCGAUCGUGUAUUCGGAAACUUCAUACGAGCUACCCGACACGAAGGCGAUAAUAGAGGAGUUCAAGGUUAAUAAGAACAACUUGAAUGAGAAUAAUAUCACCAAUACGGUGGUGAACCAAAUCGAUAUCAGUGGUCCCACCAAAGUAUUUGACCCUGAUUUUCACCUCAUGAGCUUGGGGUCUUUGGUAAGUGCAUCACAACAGACCAAUAAUGCAAAUCAUCAAGGAUAUGUACUUAACUGGAACAAUUUGGACCCUAUAGAGUCGAAGUAUCAUAAGCUCGAAAGAAACAUGAACAAUAGCAGCCUUUUGGAUAAAGAGUUGAAGCCUACUCCACAAUUAAGAGACGAACUAUUGAAGAUUCUUGACAAGCCUUCCAACAUUGAGUUGUCGGAAAUCGAAAAGAAUUUGAUCUGGAAAUUCCGUUACUAUUUCUCCAAAAACAACUCUACCAACUCCAACUCUGACAACAAACCUGAAGUGUCCAAAAUCAACCAGAAAUUUUUGACAAAGUUUCUAAAGUCCAUCAACUGGGAUAAUGACUAUGAAUUGGACCAUACGUUUAACGAGAUGAUUCCCUACUACUGGUCUGUUGACAAGAUCCAAAUAGGCGAUGCCUUAGACUUGUUGAGCAGUUACUUCAACCCUUUUACGUUAGCCUCCAAUGUCACGGUGCCAACUCCCAAAAAGGAUGGAAACAGUAAGGAAACAAAGUCAGAGAAGAUAUUCAAAUAUGUGAGACAGCUACGGAACUUUGCCGUCGACAGGCUAAGACUUGCAAGCCAGGAUGAGUUGUUGUUGUACUUGUUGCAACUUGUUCAAGCCCUUAAGUACGAGACUAUUAUUGCCGACACCGAGUUGAAUGCAAUUAUUAAUGAUGAGGAAGUUGUUCUGCACUCCAAUGGAAUGGAUGAUGACGUGCAUGUGAACAGUACGAUUUCCAACAAAGAGGCCGAGCUAAGGCUAUUAGAAAAAUCUCCAUUGGCAUCAUUCCUUAUUGAAAAGGCGGUUGGAAAUGAUAUUCUUGGUAAUUUCUUUUACUGGUACGUGAAGGUAGAAAAUGAAGACCAGUUGAAUACCAAUGGGAAAGGUUCUGUCAAGAUAUACUCGAUCGUUCUCAACAAGUAUAUUGAAGAGCUCAAAAGCUUUGCUCACAAAAAUAAACUUCCCAACUAUAAUUACUUGAAGAGACAGGUGUGGUUCAUUAAGAAGUUAACUGGGUUGGUGGAAUUGUUGCGUACCACCUUCAAAAAGAAUGAGGCAACGGCAAAGAAAAUCCAGUUUUUAAGAGACCAUUUGGCAGACUCGUCUAACGAGUUCUUGAAGUUUCCUCAUUCAUUCCCCUUGCCAUUGGACCCCUCUAUAAUCAUUUGUGGGUGUUACCCAGAAGAAUCAUCUGUGUUUAAGAGCUCGUUGUCUCCUUUGAAAUUAACCUUCAAGACUGUCAUCAAGGACCUGUCAGGUUCUGGAAACCAGAUAUUUGGUGACAGAAAGAAAUACGGAAAGUACACCUUGAUGUUCAAGAUCGGAGACGACUUGAGACAGGACCAACUCGUUAUACAGAUUAUCAACUUGAUGGACCAGUUGUUGAAGAAUGAGAACUUGGACUUGAAAUUGACACCGUAUAGGAUUCUAGCUACCAGUCCUAUAGCGGGUAUGAUCCAGUUUGUGGCGAAUGAAACAUUAGAUAGCAUUCUUGUCAAGAAUUAUGGCCCCGAAAGUUCUGGUCCUAACUCCAUCAACAUGAACAAUGGUAUCCUCAAUUUUUUGCGAUACCACAGUAAGGAGCUUCAACAAGCAGAUCCAAUAGCCACCAGUGUGCUCGGAAACCCCAAGCAUCCUCCCGCCGAAGACAGGCAUGCCAUAACCUCCGACCUUGGUGUAUCAUCGGUGGUGAUGGACAACUACGUUAAAUCCUGUGCUGGUUACUGUGUUAUAACGUAUUUAUUGGGGGUUGGUGAUAGGCAUCUAGACAACCUUUUAUUGUCUCCCAAUGGGAAGUUCUGGCACGCAGAUUUCGGGUACAUAUUAGGACGGGACCCCAAACCGUUCCCACCGUUAAUGAAGUUACCGAUCCAAGUUAUUGAUGGAAUGGGAGGAUUGAGUCAUGAGAACUUCAAUGUCUUCAACAACUACUGUUUCGUGACAUACACUACGUUAAGAAAGAACUCCAACUUGAUUUUGAACUUGUUCCAAUUGAUGUUGGAUGCCAACAUUCCAGAUAUCAAGAUGGACCCAACUAGGGCCGUGGAGAAGGUCCAGGAAAAGUUUUGCUUGGAGAUGACAGAGGAAGAGGCGAUUCUUCAUUUCCAAAAUUUGAUCAACGAUAGUGUGAAUGCAUUUUUGCCGGUGGUGAUCGACCGGUUGCACAGUUUGGCUCAAUAUUGGCGGGCAUGA